ACCGCAGUAGUGGUGAUCUGUGCUCGAUGUGUUGGGUCAGUGUGGGUGAAGAUGGCGGCGCUGGUCUCGUCCACAUGUGAGGUGUUCAGAGAGGGAGUGACCGCUGUUUUAGGCAGCUGGCCGGUUUUACAGAUAGCGGUGGAUAAUGGCUUUGGUGGAGUGUACAGUCAGCAGAAGGCGGAGUGGAUGGUCGAUGCUGUUCAGCAGUAUUUUCAUGACAACAAUGACCUCGAACAGGAUGAAGUGGAGGACUUCCUGUCCGAUCUGAUGAACAAUGAGUUUGACACUAUGGUGGACGAUGGCAGUUUGCCACAGGUGGCGCAGAAGGUUUGUGUGAUGUAUCAGCAGUGUAAGCAGGGGAAACUGGCCGAGGUCAGAGAGCACAUCCACCAGCUGGAGCUGAAAAAGGCCGCCGGGAGGGCAAAGGUCACACCUGUGAAGGCACCUACAGAGGAGGAAGAGGAGAGCGAGGAUGAUGAAGAGUCUAUGGAGUGUGAUGAGGCUGGAGCAGGAGCGUCGGUCAGCAGUGCAGCAGUGAAAGACCAGCAGCCUCCUUCAGCUACAGCUACUGAGGAAGAGGACGAUGGCUGGACGGUCGUGCGCAGGAAAAAGUGAUCAGAGCUACAGCUACAUGCACAUUAUAGGCUUACAAACCUCAGAGACCCUGUGACUCUGAGACUCAGUACCACAGAUGAACUUCACACUGUUUAGUGGUGCUGUGUCUGAAUGGACUCAUGGGAGCAAAAAUCAAAGAAGUAUUUGGUGUUGCAAUAGAUUGAAAAAUGAUCUGUGUAGGACAGAAAAUAACUCCUUUUCCAGUGCUGGAAAAGUCACAUCUGGUUAUUUGAGACAAAGGUCCUGCAUGUUGUGAAGAACAGGUUUAAACAGCGCUCAUAGACUGUCAUACAUUCUGUCAGCAGUUUUUAAAUCCAGGCUGCUACAACCAGCUUUUACUGUACAUUUGAACUUGUUAUAGUGUGUUUUUGAAUAUGGUACAGUUGGUUAAACAUUUGUUUAACAGAUGGUAUUAGUAAGAUGUGGCAGAUGGGUCGUCACUAAUUUUCUACAGCCUGCCCUCAAAAGCUGGGCCAUAGACUCAUGACUGUUGUUAUAGGUGUAGAGGGCCCCCUUGUGGCCAUAGCAGGUUCUACAGGAUUCUACAGGAUUCAGAGCUGUAGUGUUAAGGACUCACAGCUGGUGCUGGUCCCUUUUAAUUAAAACUUUUAUGGUUCGUUGAACUAUUUUGAGUUUAGUGUGGUUGUUGAUUAUUAAAUGUUAAUGUACAUUUGCAGGGGGCUCCAAACGCCUGCUGCUACUACUUCAAUACAUUAUUUAAAAUGACAAAUUAUAUUUACCAUGUAACAACUACAGUGAAAAGUAGAAUGUUUGAAAUUUUAACAUGAAAUUUGUAGUUGUGUGGUAUGCCCCUCUUGCUUUAAUGACCACAUGCACGCAAGCUAGACCCCAAAAGCCUGUGGUGAGAUGAUCAAUUCCACCCGAGAAUCAUCUGAAUGUGAGCUUCAGUGAAAGCAAUAAGACCGAAACAAACGACCAAUCUGACCUCUUUGGUCAGUCAUCUUCAUGCUCACUGUGACAAACUUGUUUAAAUUUGAAACGUGAUGAAUAUUUCUUCCUUGUUCUUGUCACAAACUUUUUCAUUGAAACCUGGAAAUAAAUAUACAGCUUGGAGUUGCACUGUGGUC